AUGCCUGACGAAUUCCCAGCUGAUAGUUAUUUGAAAUUUCAAAAAAAAAUGCCUGGAGCGACCUAUGUGAUACAACCGUCGAUCAAAAUGUGUUUUGAUGAUGGAAAGUUGGCUGUUGGGAAACGGGUUUUCGAUGCGGGUUGUGGACGGGGCUUCCAUACAAAAAGAUUCCUGGAAUGGGGUGCUUCGUUCAUUUUUGGAAUCGACAAUUCAGUGGAGAUGAUUGAUGAAGCGAAGGAGUACUUGCCCAAAACCCCCAACGUCCACCUCGAGGUCCAAUCAAUCGUUGAUUUGAAAAUCCCUUCUGAUAUUGAAAAAUUCGAUGUGGUUACCUCAAUCUUUGUUCUCCAUUUUAUCAAUAAAAGAGAGGAUUUGAGAAAGGCAAUUCACAACUUGAGUUGUCUUCUAAAAAGUGGAGGCACAUUGAUCGCCUGCUUUCCUAAUUUUGAGGCUGGCUUUGAAUGGCCAAGGGAUGAGGCUUUAAAAUUUGGAAUUGGUAUGUCUUUUGAUGAAAGUGCCGGUUUCAAGGAUGGUUUAGCAGCAAAGAUCAACAUUUAUCAAGGAAAUGAAAUCAAAGUCUCAAUGGGCGCCUACUUGUGGCUGCGGUCAACAUAUCAAGAAUUCCUGGAAGAAGCCGGUUUUGAGAAGAUCGAUUUUCUCUCUCCAAUCGUCUCCGAAGAGGGUAAAAAUGAGUUCGGUGCGGAGUUUUUCCACAAUUUGCUCAAUCCACCAAAAGAUAUUUUUGUAAAAGCUGUGAAAAAA